AUGACCAAGCCUGGACGGCGAAAGCUCGAGCAUUAUGGUGAGCGGUAUGUUCACCGCCUUGCAAAGACCCGUAAUCGCCAGACUGAGAAUAUAGAAAAGUUCUUAGGCAUUAAUGACGAAAACGGUCACCUCUUGACGGACCGCAGGCAGUCGCUGAAACGAUGGCGAGAGUGCUUCACAAACAUCUCAACAGCCGGAUUCACUCGUCACGCCAUCACCUGCGCUCCGCUAGUACGCGGUCCCGUUCAGAAGAUAAUCGUGAAUGAGGCCAUCACGGCUUUGAAAAAGAUGAAAUCAGGCAAAGCAACCGGUCCUGACGACUUAGCGGUGGACUUGUUGAAAUGGAAAGGCUGGAAUCCUGCAGGAUGGUUGACGGAAUUUUCAACCACGUCGUUGCAGAGAAGAAGGUGCCUGUGA